AUGACCCAGCUACCGUCUGUAUCUGAGCUAUUAGGUUCAAACAGAUUAUUUUUUCUUGCAAACGAAAAUGGCACCCACCUGGAGUCAGCCUCAUUUACCGCUUCCCCCACACACAGCCAAAGGGACAGUUCCACUGGCUUGGACAAGUCUCAACAUCAAGCACUUGCACAGCAGCGCAAGCCACUACCACUAUGUCCACUGGCGUUGCCCAGUAGAAGAAACAGCGCUAGCAACAACAACAACAAUCCAAAUCAGCCCGAGGAUGAAAGCGCACGGCUACAGCGUGAAAAGGCUAAAUCGUUGAAUUCUUUUUUCGUGCACGACGAAAGUGACUCCAAAUCUCCUAGAACCCUAGCUGUCCAACUACCUAGCAUUUCGGCUUCAGAAAAGCAAGCCAUCCACGAGUCUUCUGCCUCGAGUUUGUCGAGUCACGUGACUAGAUAUGCCAAGGACGGAUCCCACCAACUUCAGUAUAAGCAACAAAUCACCAACAUUCAACUGUUGCUGCCGUCGCAACACAACAAUGUGCCUCUGCAACAGUCCAACGAUUCCAAACCGCCGAGAUCCUCUGCACCUCAACUUGUUGGUUUAAGUCAUCAACAACAACUUCAUCAUUAUCAACAACACCAGCUUCAAAAUCCUCCUCACGCUGCAUACAAGGCACCCUUCCCACUGGGCUACUACACACGUCCCCAGUCUCCCACUUAUAUACAGUCAGUUGACUACCCUGAUGGAGCUGCUUUACGAGCGCAAACGCGCGGGAGUCUCGUUUCUUCCUCCAAGUCCUCAUCGCUAUCAUCGUCCUCUGCCUCAAAUGGUAGACACGUAGGUACAAAUUUACUACCUGUUCACAGCGCACCCGCUACAGCAAACCCCGGGACCAACUCCCGUGCCUACUUUGUUGGAAUCAGAUCGCAAGAAGUGGGCUAUUAUUUGACAGCUGAGGACCCAAACCUGAGAGAUGUGCGUGCAAAAUACGUUGCCGUUCCGAAUCCUACGAAUCCUACGCAGCCACCACCACCGCCACCGCCGCCGUUGUCCAUUCAUGAAAUGAGCUCAGCCACAAGCUCAGUGGCAAGCUCGAUAUCAAAAUCCUCAUCUUCAGCUGGUAGUGGGUACUACAUGGUCGGGAGCGAGGCCCAUCUUCAUCAGCCUCCUCCUCCUCCUCUUAAUCAACCUCAGAGUAUACAUGUCCAGUACCUACCCGGCCCUGCUUCAAACCAACACCAACCACCCUUUCAAACUCAUCCGCCACAUCCUCAAAUCAGAGCACCUCCAGAAACUGCCAUCCCGCAGUACUACGAAACAUACCCCUACUCCAUGGCCAAGAAUGUGAUUUAUGAUGAAAACAACGCGUUGAUUAACAAGCGCAAGAGUAUAAAGCGAAGAACAAGGACCGGUUGUUUGACGUGCAGGAAAAGACGCAUCAAAUGUGACGAGAGAAAGCCCAACUGCUAUAAUUGCGAACGAAGCAAGAAAGUGUGCCUCGGGUAUGAAAAUCUUUCCAAUUUGCAACCUCGCAAAAGAGUUCGAGAUACUAGCUUGGACUUGCCCGUGGUUAGCCAGGAAGAGCAUGAACGGCUCAUGAUGAAAACCCACAACAGCAUUGUUGCUCCAGGGAGUGUUCUGAUGCUAGAGCACCAGCACGGCCAGGGACAACAGAUGCAACGGCCGUACCAGCAAAAUCAUAAUCAGUUGAUGGAGAAUUCACAUCUUCAUCAUCAUCACCCACAACACCCGCAACAUUCCCAACUUGCCACCCCAGGAGAGGAGAAACCGACACACGUUUACCAUCAACACUAUGAACUACAACUACAACAACAACAACAGCAGCAGCAGCAGCAACAACAUCGAGGACCAACUGAUGACUCACCGAACCGGCUUGGAGAUCAAUUUCAACGUAGAGUCUCGGGUCCUCCCCCUCCGAAAUACAGAUCCUCCUACGAACUACCACCUCUGCAGCAAGGUGCAGCUUUCUUUUCAAUUCCAGGCGCUGUUCCUCACCGCUCCUCCAAUUUAUACGAGAGAGUCGGUGGCGAUGAUAUCGCGGUGCCGCAAUUGGCGGCACAAGCUCAGGCGCAAGCGCAAGCGCAAGCACAACAGCCAUCGCCUGCGAAACAUGGCGUUUAUGAACAAAAUGAGAAGCUAAACAUACGGGCCAUUCUCAAAUGA